GAUUCGGCGGACAAAAACAGCUGCGCCAGUGUGCUUGGCAAAACACGCGAAAGAGCACGAGAGCGGGCCAGAGGCGAGGCAGGACCAAGAGUGUGGGACCGGUCGGGUCCACGGCUCUAUAUGGGUUGCGCCCUGGGUACAGACUGCUGUGGGGCUGAGCCGGAGCCAGAGCCGGUGACGGGCACUGGGAAGAGAGAGCGGACAGACAGCAGGGGCAACAUGAGGCUCACCAAGGCGAAGGGCGAGCCCCAUGCCUUUAAGGAGAAGACCUUCAAGAAGAGGCGUCAGUGUGUGGUGUGUAAGCAGAGCAUAGAGAGCCUGGGAUCCUUCUGCCGAGUCUGCAAAACAGCCACUCAUAAGAAAUGUGAAAGCAAGGUCAGCGGCAACUGUGUCCCGGCCCAGCCCUCUGACCCGCAGCGGAGAGCCACAGCCUCCUCCAGACAUAUUCAACAUCUGGGCUCGACCAAGUCUCUGCCGUAUACCAAACAGAGAGGUGGUCUACCCAGGAGUUUCAGUGUGGACCGGGUGAUAGACAGGGUGAUGGAGCGCCAAUACGACUUCGACCUGACCUACAUCACCGAGCGCAUCAUCUCCGUCUUCUUCCCGCCGCUGCUGGACGAGCAGCGCUACCGCCUCAACCUCAAGGAGGUGGCGGCCAUGCUCAAGUCCAAACACCAGGACAAGUUCCUGUUGUUCAAUUUGUCGGAGAAGAGGCAUGACAUCACACGCCUUAAUCCCAAGGUCCAUGACUUCGGCUGGCCAGACCUACACGCCCCCCCCUUGGACAAGAUUUGUGCCAUGUGCAAAGCAAUGGAGACGUGGUUGAACUCUGACCCCCAGCAUGUGGUGGUCCUGCACUGCAAGGGUAAUAAAGGGAGGACGGGCGUCAUCAUCGCUGCCUACAUGCACUACAGCAAGAUCUCUGCAGGGGCAGAUCAGGCCCUCAGCACUCUGGCCAUGAGGAAGUUCUGUGAGGACAAAGUUUCAUCGUCUCUUCAGCCCUCUCAGAACAGGUAUAUCUACUACUUUGGCGGACUUCUGUCCGGGUCCAUAAAGAUGAACAGCAGUCCCCUCUUCCUACACCAGGUCCUAAUUCCCACCAUCCCCACAUUUCAGGCUGACGGAGGCUACUGUCCCUUCCUGAAGAUCUAUCAGUCCAUGCAGCUACUCUACACCUCGGGAAUAUAUGAUUUGCAGGGCUCAACAGGCAGGAAGUUGUGUGUGACCAUUGAACCUGCCCUGUUGCUGAAAGGUGACAUCAUGGUCAAGUGCUAUCACAGGCGCGUACAGAUGGCUGAGAGGGACACGGUAUUCCGGCUCCAGUUCCACACCUGCACCAUCCACGGAGCACAACUCUGGUUCGGGAAAGGGGAGCUGGAUGAAGCCUGCUCUGAUGACAGAUUCCCCCCAGAUGCCACUGUGGAAUUUGUCUUCUCCUCUGGACCAGAGAAAAUCAAAGGGCGGGAAUACCAACGGAAUGACCCAGCAGUCACUGUUGACUAUAACACUGCUGAUCCAGUGGUGCGCUGGGACUCGUACGAGAACUUUAACCUGCGACAUGAGGACAGUCUAGAGGAUAUAGCCCACACCCGAGGGCCUCUGGAUGGCAGCUUGUAUGCCCAGGUGAAGAAGCGUCGUGCUACAGGACUCUCCGCCCUCCCCUCCACCAAUGGCAGCCCAGGGCGGAGCCCCGAGGAGAGGCCCACCCAGCUGUUAUCCGUCAGCACCGACUCGGGACGCUCAUCGGCUCCGCCCGAGCGCUUCGAGGACCCGCCCGGACCGGCCCCGCCCACUCAGCAGGAGCGGGAGGAGCUGGACCGCCUGCUGGGAGGGAUCGAGGGCGGGAGGGCUGGGAGAGAUCGCGAGCGUGAGACAGCCAUCUUGGACGACGGAGACUCGCUGCCGCCGGAGCGGACAGGCUCGCUGCGGUUGGGCCGCUCGUGUUCGUGCAGGGCGGGCUACAGGUCGCAACGCUGCGCCGAGCCGGGCUGUGACCGCCUCCAUCACCUGCCCAAUGGGUGCUGCCUGGAGCACGCCGCUUCCACCAAUGGCCACGCGGGGGCCCCCUCGCCUGCUCUGCCGUCGCUGCUGGGGUUGUGCCAGCACCACAGCGCCCACUCUCACCAGUCUCUUCCGCCCCCGGACCUGCUGUGGGACCGGCAGCAAGGGCCUCAGCACUACCUGCACCGGACAUGCUCCGAGGGUGCCACCAGCCGGCACCUGUGCCCUUAUCCGGGCCAGGAGCUCGGCCCCCACCCGCACAGCCCCUCUCCCGGGGGCCGACUGCUCUGCAGGGCCGACGAGUAUAUCCCUUAUCCCCAGCCCCACCACGCUCACUCACACCCCCCCAAGCCGGCCGGCCCCUACCACGACGUGAUGCUGAUGGAUGGCCUGCCUCCACCCGGCUGCCCGUGCCGGGACUGCUGCCUGAGACGAGAGGACUUCUACGCCCUGCGUCUCGACAGAGGGGAGGGACUGCACUGGGAAAGGGACGAGCUUCCCCGAGAAGGCGGGAUAAGGCGGGGCAGAGAGCCCGACCUUCCAAGAGGGGCGGAACUGCACUGGGAGCGUGAGGCAGGGCUGAGGCGGCCCCGAGAGGCACCCCUCCACUGGGACAGGGACAGGGAGGCGGAGCUGCAGUGGGAGAGGGAGCGAGAGGUGGAGUACUGGCACAGAAGGGCCGCGGUGGCGCCGUACGCCACGCCGGGUCACGACGUUCCCGCCUUCGCCUUUGACCCUCUGCCCGCCGGCCACCCGGCCUACCCCGAGCCCUCGCGCUCGCACGCCCACCUGGACUUGAAGUACAGCAGCAGUUCCAGCGGCUACCAGACGCCCCACCAGACCUGCCCCUGCUCACCAUACCAGCCCUCCCCCUCCGAGAGCCGCGGCUACGCUUCGGGCUACCAGUCUGAGUCCACGUCCCCUCUGCCCACCACCUGCACGUUCUACAGCCCGGCCCACCACGUCGGCGGCCCCCCGGACGGACACGCCGAGUCCCACCCGCAGGACUGUGUCUCCGGCACACCAGACGGCCCUGGAGUCCAAGUUGAGAAUGUGGGUUGGCGGGACCACAUUACCCAUGGUUCCUUGAGACGCCUGCAAAGAGACGCACGGGCUGCAUGCUCCACCCCCUCUGAUAUCUCUGGUCCGCCCACUCCAAUCCACACCAGCAGCCCGCUGUGCGCGCAGGAGAGCCCCAGUCUAAGCGUGCGGGAACAGGACGCUCGAUGUUCGGAGGUCAGCACAGACAGCAACAUGCCCCUGGCCCAGGAAAGGGUGGAGCCUGUCACGCCACAGCCCCCCAGUGCUUGGCAAGAGCUUCAGCGAAUAGAGAGCCCAGCCACCAAACCUUCCCGGCCCUCCAGGUCCCUCCCUCAGCCAAGCUCCUCCCCUUCUCGGCAGCUAUCCACUCACUCCGCCCUCAUCGCGCCCUCUACCGACACUCACCAUCAAGCCCCACCCUGUCCGCCCACGCUGCCGCGAUCCCUCCAGCAGAGCACCGGGCGGCCCAGCCCAUCUCCCGCCCCGCCGAACGAGGAAGCAGGUCCUGCCCCUCCGGCUGGAUCUCCUGCCCAGGCUCAUUCCGUGUCCCCGUCCCCUCUGCAGCCCGAGUCUGUACCGGCCCGGCUGCAGAGCAACGGGCUGCCGCUGACUCCAGAGCCGGAGACGCCCAGGUCGGUUUCUUCCGUCCCCGCCUCGCCUCGGCCUCCCCCGGCCAGCCGGGAAAGCUCACCCUCGCCCGAGCCUCCGGUGCCAGGCUUCGCCACCCUGGGCCGGAAGCUGAUGCUGGGUGCCGACCCGACCCUACGCACAGUGCACGCGCAGCCCUGCGCAGGCAUGGACAGUAGCCCCGCCCCCUCUGACGGCCACUCCAUGCCCACCUUCCCCCUAUCGCCGGGCUGUUAUCCUGCCGUGGUCCCGCCGGGCUCCGCCACCCAGCCCCCGCUCCCGGAGAAACGCCGCCAGGGCGCCCUUCCUGGAUCACCCGGGGACAGGUCGGGCGCCCCGAGGGUGUCGGUGGGUAACUCGCCUUCAGCCCAGCACCACGUGACCUUCUCCCCAUCAGUGGCAGCAGCUGAGGGGCAGGACGAGGGGCCAACAGACAGUGAUGUGGCCACCCAGGUCAGCGUGAAGUUUGUGCAGGACAGCUCUCGGUUCUGGUACAAGCCUGGCAUCUCCCGAGACCAAGCUAUCACUGCUCUGAAGGAACGGGAACCAGGCACCUUUAUCAUUCGCGACAGCAACUCUUUCCAGGGGGCCUACGGCCUCGCCCUCAAAGUGGCCACUCCGCCGCCUAACGUCAGUAACCACGGCAACAAAGGGGGCGAUCCUCUGGAGCAGCUUGUCAGACAUUUCCUGAUCGAAAUCGGCCCACGAGGGGUAAAGAUCAAAGGCUGCCAAAAUGAACCCCACUUUGGGAGUUUGUCAGCGCUGGUGUAUCAGCAUUCCAUCAGCCCCAUCUCUUUGCCUUGUGCGCUCCGUAUCCCAGAGAAAGACCCCAUAGGAGAGGCACAGGAGGUGCAGCCGUCCAGCAACAUGAGUACAGCAGCAGAUCUGCUCAAACAGGGAGCAGCUUGUAACGUGCUCUACCUGAACUCGGUGGAGACGGAGUCCCUGACAGGACCGCAGGCCAUCGCCAGGGCGACGGAUGCCACCAUGUCGCGCGGUCCCCGCACCUCCGCCACGGUGGUCCACUUCAAAGUGUCGGCGCAGGGCAUCACACUGACCGACAGCCAGCGCAGGGUGUUCUUCAGGAGGCACUACCCCAUCAACAGUGUGACAUUCAGCAGCGUAGAUCCACAGGACAGGAGGUGGACUAACUCAGACAGCACGUCGUCUAAAGUGUUUGGGUUUGUAGCUAAGAAACCAGGCAGCGUGGCGGAGAACGUGUGUCACCUGUUCGCCGAGCUGGACCCUGAGCAGCCUGCCACUGCCAUCGUGAACUUCAUCAACAAAGUCAUGCUGGGUCCUCAGCGACGCUAGAGGACGAGGGCUGGCUGGCUGCUUGUCGUACAGGAGCAGGAUUCCCUCUGCACAUCCGCUUCGGUCCUGCAAGGCAACGUAAUGCCGUACUAGAAGACGUCGGUCAAGUGCCAUCAUAGAAAGCGGCCUGUUGGUUAGAAAGCCAAAGCACCGGAACAAAUCUGUUUGCCAGCAGGUGAAGGGCUUUACUCGACUCCAAAGACCAAAAUGAACUGUAAAGUGCUAGAUUCUAUUUUUUUUUUAAAGACAACACACUGAAAUGCUGCAAAAUAGAAAAUAUAUAAAAUAACAACCCAUAGCACAGAGAAUGGAGAAUAACUUUGAGAUCACCAACAUUUGAAUUGGAAAUAUAUUAAGUACUGUUUGUUCAAGAAAUUACUGUUGCGUUUCACAUGCACUCAGAAAAACAAUAUUGUAUAGAGGAAACUGCAGCUGACAAUCAACAUGUCUGGUUAAUGUCAUUAUUUGUCUUUUUUUAUUUAACUAUACAAGAUGGUAGCAGCUUGGGUUUUUUGUGUGUGUGUUUAAGUAUACUUUUUUGGAACCGAGAGUAGGUGCCAUCGAUUUCUUGUCUAGCCUGCAGGGUGAGAGAGAGUACUGUUAUGUGGAGAGUGUUCGAGCUCGGCAGGGAGGGAAUGACUGAGGAACCGCAGUGUUGAAGGCAGGUCGGCGACAUGCUGUACCAGUACUCCACUAAGGAGGAUUUUUGAUGGUUUGGAAGUCUAAGGGAGGUUUUUUUUGUUUUUGUUUUUUUUUUUAAGCGAGAAAUUGGUGACAGUUGAGGCAGGAACUACGUUUUUGACCUUCGGUCACUGUCGUCUUGAUGUUUUCACCUGCCUUCCAGAGGAGAGAAGGAAAAAAAAAAAAAAACAACCAA